AUGUUUAAUAAAAAAUCUUCGACGACUACAUCAAACAAGAAAAAACCUUCGGAACGUAUCAAAAAAACCAUAAAAUCGAUUGUAUCAUCAAAUGAUACUAAAAAAAAUGCAGCGGAUGCUAAAAAUAAAAUCACACCCGUAUUAAAUAAUGAUAAACGAUCGGAAACCAAACCUGUUGAUGUAGGUCAAAAAGUAUUGCCUAAACAAAAAAAUGGCUCAAAUGAAUCUGACGAAAAAACUACGAUUGGAAAACCUCCAGUUGAUAAAUCUUUUGACGUUUCAAAAACAAAAGCAGACGAAUCCAAAAAUAAUUCUGGUUCAAUUAAACCAGAAAAAAAUAAUACCAUUAAAAAACGGCUUUCAGUAGCAUCCAUCUCAUCUUUAUCAUCUGUUACAUCAAAUGCUGAAACUAAAAAUCAUGUUGCUGAUAGUAAGCGACGCAUGUCUUCAGCCAUACGUUCAGAAACAUCUUCGCGACCAUCGACACCAGAUAUCAUUAAAAGACAGCCUUCUUCAAAAAUAAGUCAACAUCCUUCACGACCAGCUACUCCAGAUAUCAUUAAAAAACAGCCUUCUUCAAAAAUAAAUAUCAUUAAAAAACAGCCUUCUUCAAAAAUAAAUCAACAUCCUUCACGAUCAGCUACUCCAGAUAUCAUUAAAAAGCAGUCUUCUUCAAAAAUAAGUCAACAUCCUUCACGACCAACUUCACCAGAUAUCAUUAAAAAGCAGCCUUCUUCAAAAAUAAGUCAACAUCCUUCACGACCAGCUACUCCAGAUAUCAUUAAAAAGCAGUCUUCUUCAAAAAUAAGUCAACAUCCUUCACGACCAACUUCUCCAGAUAUUAUUAAAAAGCAGCCUUCUUCAAAAAUAAGUCAACAUCCUUCACGACCAACUUCUCCAGAUAUUACAAGACGUCCUACAUCUAGUCGUUUAACAGUACAUGAAAAUUCGACGUCAGAAAUUACAAGAAGAGCGUCUACGCGUUCUUUAUCAUCAGCUGCCAAACGACCAACAUCAAUUAUAUCAAGCACGAAUUCAAAUACGAAUUCAAGACCUGCCUCACCAGAACUUUCGAAAACUACGAAAAGACCUACCUCUAUUAUAUCAGUUACGAAUUCCCAACCAGCAGUGCUUGAAGUUAAAGCGAAACAAAGCGGUUCGACGAAACCACAUGAUUCCACAAAUAUCAUUACCAAAUCCAAACAAUUAUCUCAACCAACUCCACCAACACAAGGAGUCACUAAUAAACAAAAUAUUUCUCAAUCUUCGAGAUCGCCUUCAAGAUCGCCUUCAAGACCGCCUUCACCAGAAGUUACCAAGUUUCCAGAACCUCCAUUGAUAUCAGGAAUUGCUGGAAAACCAAGUACCUCCAAACCUUCAAGGCCAUCCACACCCGAUAUCACAAAAUCAUCAACAACUGAGACUACAAGGAAACGUAGCGUUUCGAGACCGCCCACAUUUGAAAUUAAACCAGAAUUAACUAGGCCAUCACAAAUAUCUGAUGAUAGUUAUUUUCAAAGACCUUUAACACCAACAUCAGAUACUUCAGCAGAAAGUAAUGAAGUUAUUUCAGAUGAUUAUAAUACAUCAUCGAUCGAUGUUAAUAAUAAUAAUAUUCAUGAAGAGACCAACAAUGAUCAACUAUUUACAAAGAAAUGGAUAGAAGAAAAUAAUAAUAACUUAUCUUUGGAUAUGGCAAAUGAUAAAAUGUGUUUAGUUAUCGAUAAAAAUUCCACGGAAUUUAACAGUUUAUCGCACGAAGAUAUCAAUCAACAUAAAAUUGAUGACUCUGAACAAGAAGUUGCAUCAGAUAAAACUUGUGUUUCGACACUAGAUUCAUCAGAUAAUUCGACAGUUAUAGAAACCUCUUUAGAACAUACAGAGAUAUCAAACGAUAAAAUAUGUAACAUUUCAGUCCUUUCAGAUAAUAAUAAUCAUAAAAACGAAUUACAAGAUGAACAAGAUAAUUCAAUUCAGGAAAAUAAUCAAAAUAUAGAUAUAAAAGAAUCUACAGAGAUCUUGGAUGAAUCUUCUGAAGAGGUUAAAAUUGAAAAGAAACCAAAUGCAGUCGAGUUGGUAAAUAGCAUGAUGCAAAAAAUUAAAACAAUGAAGAAUGUUAUCGAUAUUAACGGAAGUAAAUUACCUGCCAUAAUAGAACAAGAUCUUGAUUUAGAACAGCAUUCAGUUGAAGAAAUCGUCAAUUCAAUAAAUCUAAUCGAAAAUGAGAAAUUGUCACGCAUGACAUCAGAUACAUCAGAUAAAUUAGAUAAUAAAAAGCAUGAUUUAAACCCAACAGAGAUGGUAAUGGAUUGUGAAAAGCCACGUAUAUUAGUAGAUUGUGCUACAGAGGAACAAAUUUUUUCAAGUAUAAAUUUAUCGGGACGAGAACAAAUGUCACAAGACAUUAAUAUUGAAAAUAAUAAUACUUUGAAUGAUAAUUUAAAUGUAAUGCAAAAUAAUAUUCUUUUUCUUUCAUCCGAACCUGCUAUUAUCGAACAUAGGACAAUAUCAGUAUAUGCAGAACCAUAUAAAAAAUAUGUUGGAUCGUAUGGUACAUCACCACAAGAUUUUAUACCUAUUACAAACUAUGAAACGCAAGAUAAUAUAAUGCGCGUUGAUGAAAAAAGAUUUGAAGUUAUGCGACAAAAUGUUUUAGGGUCAUCGGUAAUAGGAUAUAAAGAAAACACAUUUACGGGUUUAUUGAAAGAACCUAAUACAAGUACUGAGAAUCUUUUAAAUUCUAUUGAUUCAAUUCAACCGUCAUUAUCUAAUAAUCUUGAUACAAAAGAAGAGCAACAAUAUUAUGAUGUCUCAAUUAGUGAAGGUAAAGAAAUUUCUUCAAAACUCUAA